UCUGGCCGACCUCGGGGCGCGCUCUUAGGAGUCCCGACGCUGGCCUCGCGAACCCCGAAGCGAGAGACAGCUAGCGCUCCGGGCGCUGCUUGCAGCCUUCCUGUGAACUCCGCCUGUUUUGCAGUGGCCCGGAGCAGGUGACUGCUGCCUCCUGUCCAGGCUCGGGCUUUCAAAGACUGGGAAAGUGACACUGAAUAGUUCAAGGUCAAGGAACCGAGAGCCAAGUGAAACCUGCCGUUCCCUUUUAGGAGAGGCUGGAAGUCCCACUUAGAACUGAGCGACCUCAAAGUCCGAGUGACACUGGAGAGCUGCCCAUCUCCAAGCCGGCGAUAGGCCUUUCUUCAUUUCUGUUCAGAUUUCGAUAACUUCAAACGUGGAACUCUUUAAUUUAAUCGGUACCACGCUGCCUCCCAAAAGUAGACUAGAUCUAGAGGUUGAAAAAUGGCGUCUGUAGCAGUUGAUCCACAACCGAGCGUGGUGACCAGGGUGGCCAGCUUGCCCUUGGUGAGCUCUACCUAUGAACUCGUGUCCUCCGCUUACGUCAGCACGAAGGACCAGCAUCCGUACUUGAGGUCUGUGUGUGAGAUGGCAGAGAAGGGCGUGAAGACCGUGACUUCCGUGGCUGUGACAAGCGCCUUGCCGAUCAUCCAGAAGCUGGGGCCACAAAUUGCCGUGGCCAAUACCUAUGCCUGCAAGGGGCUAGACAGGAUCGAGGAAAGACUGCCUAUUCUGAAUCAGCCAACAGCGGAGGUUGUUGCCAAUGCCAAAGGUGCCGUGACUGGGGCGAAGGACGCAGUGACAACUACUGUGGUCGGAGCCAAGGAUUCUGUGGCCAGCACGAUCACAGGGAUGGUGGAUAAGACCAAGGGAGCAGUUACUGGCGGCGUGGAAAGGACCAAGUCUGUGGUCAAUGGCGGCAUCAACACAGUUUUGGGGAGUCGGAUGGUGCAGCUUGUGAGCAGUGGAGUAGAAAAUGCACUUGCCAAGUCGGAGCUGCUGGUAGACCAGUACCUCCCCCUCACUCAGGAGGAGCUAGAGAUGGAAGCAAAAAAGGUGGAAGGAUUUGAUACAGUUCAGAAGCCAAGUUACUAUGUAAGACUGGGGUCCCUGUCCAGCAAGCUCCGCUCCCGGGCCUAUCAGCAGGCCCUCGGCAGGGUUAAGGACGCCAAGCAGAAGAGCCAGGAGACCAUUUCCCAGCUACAUUCCACUGUUCACCUGAUUGAGUUCGCCAGGAAGAAUGUGCACAGUGCCAACCAGAAAAUUCAGGGCGCUCAGGAUAAGCUCUACGUCUCCUGGGUGGAGUGGAAGAGAAGCAUCGGCUACGAUGACACGGAUGAGUCCCAUUGUGCUGAGCACAUCGAGUCACGCACCCUGGCUAUCGCCCGCAACCUGACUCAGCAGCUCCAGACUACGUGCCAGACUCUCCUGUCCAACGUCCAAGGGUUACCACAGCACAUUCAGGAUCAGGCCAAACACGUGGGGGUGACGGCGGGCGACAUUUACUCCGUGUUCCGCAACGCUACCUCCUUUAAGGAAGUGUCUGACGGUGUCCUCGCUUCUAGCAAGGGGCAGCUGCAGAAAAUGAAGGAGUCCUUAGACGAUGUGAUGGAUUACCUUGUUAACAACACGCCCCUCAACUGGCUGGUAGGUCCCUUUUAUCCUCAGUCUACCGAGUCUCAGAACGCAGAGGUGGACAAGACCAGCCCAAAGGGCCAGCAGUCUGAGCUCAAGACUCAAUAAACCCGUUCUUGUCACCAGUGUAAUGUAGCCAGCCAGGUGACACCUUUGCUGUAUUGAAAUUAACGCAAUAGAUGGCUUUAGGUUGGAAACGAAGCUAGUUCAAACAAAGGUCCUCAUUCUGGUCAUUCAGAGCUGAACUAUGCCCAUGCCACAGCUGGCCCUUGCACAUGAGUUCCUUCUACCUGGCUGCUAAGUGGAGCAUGCUAGUCUUGAGAGAGCCUGGUGGAAUGUAAAAGCUCAGGUGUACUUACGGUCUUGUCUGUGGCCUCUGUUUUAUUGGUUGUACACGUCUGUCUGAACUGAAUAAAGAAUCAUUCAUGUGUUCUCUGCUCUGAA